AUGAACAAGAAACUGGACAAGCUUGAAUCAAUCGAAGCGCUUUUAAAACACGUGAAUCAUGAUAUGGCUGAACUUAAACACUCGCUAUCUUGUAUGCACGAUACAUCUGAAGAAUUGAAGUUGAAACAGAUCUCCUAUGAUGGUAUGUUGUUGAAAAAUGAAGAAAAAAUAGGUAGUCUCGAGAAGUUGGCGUCAACCCUUAAAGAAGAGCUAAUUGACCUCAGGGCACGAAGCAUAAGGAGUAACCUUAUGUUUUACAAUCUACCUGAGAAUGAUGAAGAAGAUCCUGAAAAAGCGGUGUCAGAGGUAUUGGAGAAGAUCAAUCCCGAAUUCAAGAGGAUGGAAGUCGAAAGGGUGCACAGAAUUGGGAAAAAAAGGUUGGGUUCGGUGCGACCUAUUGUUACGAAAUUCCUCCGCUUUAAAAAAAAUGAACUUAUCCGGAAAACAACAAAAAGCUAA